AUCCUCCGCGCGGAUCAAGCAAGCGCGGUAGCCAAACGUCACUCCCUGCCGUCGACCCGGAGUUGCUAUGGCAACGCAGUUGCCCCAGCUAUGUCGCUGCAACCCGCCCCUGCAUCGCGGGUGUUCAUGGAACUGGUUCCCUGGGCUGACCGGGACCGGGAAAACCACCAGAUCUCGGCCGUAGAAGCGCAGCCCGUCGGCUUCCGCCCCCACAAUGCGCAGGCCCACCCCGGAGCCCGGGAGGUCCACGUGAGCGGCGCGGCCGAGGUGUCCGCCAGCCCAGACCAGGCGCUGGUGACCGUGCGGGUGAGCAGCACCAAGGAGGUGUCGGCAGAGGCCAAGAAGAGUGUGUGUCGCCGCCUGGACUACAUCACACAGAGCCUUCAGCAGCAAGGUGUGCAGACAGAGAAUGUAACUGUGACAAAGGAUUUCAGAAGAGUAGACAAUGCUUACCACAUGGAAGCCGAGGUCUGCAUUACAUUUACUGAAUUUGGAAAAAUGCAAAAUAUUUGUAACUUUCUGGUUGAAAAGCUGGAUAGCUCUGUUGUCAUCAGCCCGCCUGAGUUCUAUCACACGCCCGGUUCCGUUGAGAGUCUUCGGCGGCAGGCCUGUCUCGCUGCUGUUGAGAAUGCAUGGCGCAAAGCUCAAGAAGUCUGUGCGCUCGUUGGCCAGACUCUGGGAAGACCUUUACUCAUCAAGGAGGAGGAAACAAAAGACUGGGGAGGCCAAGCGGAUGACCAUCAGUUGUCCAGCUUGCCGGGUUCCUUAACUGUGCAACAGAAAAUCAAAAGUGCGACCAUCCAUGCAGCUUCAAAGGUGUUCAUUACUUACGAGGUGAAAGGAAAGGAGAGGAAGAAAAAGCAUCUGUAAAAUCCUAACUGGAACAUAAUGUAUUUGUACUUAUAAAUCUGUUUUUAUACAUUUUACAGCGCUGCUUUUUGUCUCAGAUGUAGCCAUUGUCUGGUACUGGUAAUCUGUAAGAUCUGCCACUUGUUGAACAUAUCCCUCAGAAUAUGUGUGAUCCCUUUCUAGUUCCCAGAACACCAUGGGAAAUAAAUGUAUUAAAGCAUACUUUUGUAUACUGAGAAUUUAUAUAUUGAAAAUAAAAUUAACAGAAAACCCA